AUGGGCUGUCUCCAAUCCACGGAAGAUGCGGGUAAAGCCAGAAACGAUAGCAUUGAUCAGCAACUCAAGAAAGACCGGGCUAACCUUAGGAAUGAAGUCAAGAUGCUUCUCCUCGGUGCUGGUGAAUCUGGAAAAUCAACCAUUCUUAAGCAAAUGAAGCUGAUCCACCAAGGCUCUUAUAGCCCGGAAGAGCGUGACGCUUAUAAAGAAAUUAUCUUCUCAAACACAGUUCAAUCUAUGAGGGUUAUCAUCGAGGCGAUGGAUAUGAUGGGUAUCGAAUUAAGAAAUCCUUCAAUGAACAACCAAUCUGCUCAAGUCAUACUCAGCUUACCUGCUCAAAUUGAUAUCGAAAUGAUGACUCCUCAAGUUUUCGAAGCUAUCGGCUCUCUUUGGUCUGAUCCCGGUGUUCAACAUACUUUUACAAAGUCUAGAGAAUAUCAGCUCAACGACAGUGCUCAAUACUACUUCGAUAGUAUCGAUAGAAUGGCUAGCGGUGAUUACCUUCCAACUGACCAGGAUGUUUUACGUUCGAGAGUUAAGACAACGGGUAUAACUGAGACAACGUUUAAAAUUGGUGAACUCACUUACAAGCUCUUUGAUGUCGGUGGUCAACGCUCUGAGCGUAAAAAGUGGAUUCAUUGUUUUGAGAAUGUCACUGCUAUAGUUUUCUUAGUCGCAAUAAGUGAAUACGAUCAAAAGCUUUACGAGGAUGAAUCAGUUAAUAGAAUGCAAGAAGCUUUAACGUUAUUUGAUUCAAUUUGCAAUUCUAGGUGGUUUGUUAGAACUUCGAUUAUUCUCUUCUUAAACAAGAUCGACAUCUUCAAAGAAAAGCUAGAAGUGUCUCCAGUAAAGGAUUACUUUAGUGAUUACAAGGGUCAAAAUGACUAUGAUAGUGCUUGCGAAUACAUAUUAAAUAGAUUCGUCGAGCUAAACCAAUCAGAAGUCAAACAAAUCUAUGCUCACUUUACAUGCGCUACAGACACCAAUCAAAUCAAAUUCGUCUUGUCAGCCAUCAAUGAUAUCGUUAUACAGACUAAUCUCCGUGAUUGCGGUCUCCUCUAA